UAUAACGCUUUAGCUUUUCCUUGUGCAGAUGAGAGACAACAUCAACCCCAUUCAAGCCUUUAACUUUCUCCAUUCAAUUGCUUUUCUCCUGUAAUUGCUUCAAAUCAUUUUUAUGCUGCAAAUCUCUACUCUCUCUACUUUAGUAGUGCCUCCAAUGGCUUCCCUCCUCACCAUCAAAUCACCAGCCCUCCAUUUCCAGAUAACUCAUCUCUUGGUCUUCUUUAUCAUCCUAGCACCAGCUCAAUCGAUCAGCCACUGUAGAACCUCAUGCGGAGCCAUUCCGAUACACUACCCGUUCGGCAUCGACGACGGAUGUGGCAGCCCUUAUUACCGUCACCUCCUCGUUUGCUCUGACACCGGCAAUUUGGAGCUCCGGACCCCCUCCGGCCGAUACCCGGUUCGCAACAUAAGCUACACUGAUCCGCACAUCUUGCUGAUCGACCCAUUUAUGUGGAACUGCCUGGACCGCGACAACUUCCGCCCCACGCGUGCGUUUAGCCUUGACACGAGCACGCAUCUAUCUCUCUCCCCUCAGAAUGAUUACUUGUUCUUCAAUUGCAGUGAGGAGGAUGUUAUCAUUGAGCCGAAGCCGAUGUUCUGCGAGCGGUACCCUGACCGGUGCGACUCAUCAUGCGACAGCUCGAGCUACCUGUGCCGUCACUUACCGCAGUGCCCCUCGGCAUUGCGAUCGAGUUCUUGUUGCUCGUAUUAUCCGAAAGCCACUGAGUCACUUAGGCUCAUGCUCAGAUACUGUGCUAGCUACACUAGUGUGUAUUGGAGGAACAUCGGCGCAGGUCCAUAUGAUCAGAUCGCAGAGUAUGGUAUUAGGGUCGAUUUCGACAUUCCCGUGACCACUCGGUGCUUGACAUGCCAGGACAAUCUGAAGAGUGGUGGGACUUGCGGAUUCGAUACACAAACUGAGAGUUUCUUGUGUAUUUGUGAGGGUAGGAAUGGUACCGCUUCUUGUAAAGAUCGCAGCAUUUCGGGGCACAGCAAGACUGCAGUAAUUGCAGGGAGUGUGACCGCAGUUUCGGGAGCAGGAGCCAUAGGAAUUGGUGCUGGGAUUUGGUUCUGGAAGAAAGUGAGGGCAAAAGCACCGGUCACAUGUGGGGUCCAAACUAAUGACAACAGGCUCUUUUAGUACACUAAAGCAAUGUGAAGACAGACAUCUCCUCUUGCUUGCUUUUCUUGAUCCUAGAUAUAUAUAUUCUGCUUAUUCUCAUUCC